AUGGCGGAAACAGCAAAUUAUCCAAUGGAACACCAACUGGGUUGUGGUCUAAUGGGCGGAAUAUUCCCUCGCCGGAGUUUCUGGCGACGGAAAACACCUGUAUAUUCACUGCCAACAAUAGAGAAAGAGAGCAGCAGCAACAAUGUUAUCUUGAAAGAAAAGCCUCCUAUUUCAAAAACAAAAUCUGAUUCUUCCUUUCUUGAAACAUCCAAUCUCUCUAAAAAACCCAACAGAAAAUCCAUUGAUAUUGCAAGAAGUUCAACAUCAUCCACAGGUUCAAGCCAAGUAAAACUAAGGAAGGCAUUAUCAAGUGAGUCCAAAGACCUUGGCAUGAUAAUCACUAAUACUUGUCAGCAAUCCAAAGAUAGUAAAGCUCUGGUUCGAGCAAAUUCUAGCAAUUUAAUGCUAAUUCAUAAGAAUAUUCAAGAAACAAAUUCUAAUACUACUACUCCUAGAGCAAGAAAUAGCUUUGGGAAUGGUGUUAUGGGAAACAUUGUGAGACAGUCCAGUGGUGAAUUUCGACAAUGUCAAAGUCCGUCAAAAAUUAAAAUGGAUCCUGAGAUUUUGAAGAAUGUGGGAAAUGAGAAAUACAAGAAAGGGAGAUAUGAAGAGGCAUUAGGGUAUUAUGAUAGAGCAAUUUCCCUCGAUUCGAGUAAGGCAAUUUACCGAAGCAAUAAAAGUGCUGCUUUGAUAGGAUUAGGCCGUCUUACAGACGCUGUUGUUGAGUGUAAAGAAGCUAUUAGGCUUGAUCCUUCUUAUCAAAGAGCUCAUCACCGUUUAGCAGAAUUAUAUGUCAGAUUAGGAGAAGCAGAGAAAGCGUUAUAUCAUUAUAAACAAUCAGGCUCCUGCGCUGACUCUCAAGACAUUGCACAGGUUCAGGCCUUUCAGAAGCACCUGAAUAAAUGCAUCGAAGCUCGGAAACUAAAAGAAUGGAAUGUUUUAGUAAAGGAGACUGACUGUGCAAUUUCCUCUGGUGCUGAUUCAUCUCCAAAGGUAUAUGCUAUGCAAGCCGAGGCCUUAUUGAGACUACACAGACAUGAAGAGGCCUACAGAGCCUACCGAAGAGGACCGAAUUUUAGCAUUGAUUCUUGUACUAAGUGCUUUGGCCUGGCCACUACCUCUCAUCUCUUAAUGAUUGGGGCACAGGUGUACAUGGGUGCAGGCAGGUUUGAUGAUGCAACAGAAGUGGCUCAACAAGCAGCUCGACUUGAUCCAAGCAGCAGAGAAGCGAACACAGUAGUAAAAGUUGCUAGAGCAGUAGCAUCUGCAAGAUUGAGUGGGAACUUGUUAUACAAUGCUUCAAAAUUCUCUGAGGCUUGUGUUGCAUAUAGUGAAGGGCUAGACCAUGAGCCUUACAAUUCAAUUUUACUAUGCAACCGAGCAGCUUGUCGAUCCAAGCUUCAUCAAUUUGAAAAAGCUGUGGAAGACUGCACUGCUGCUCUUACAUUGCAGCCUAAUUAUAGCAAGGCUAGGCUAAGAAGGGCUCAUUGCAAUGCUAAGUUGGAAAGAUGGGAAGCUUCAAUUCAAGAUUAUGAGAUGUUAAUAAGAGAAAGUCCAGCAGAUGAGGAAAUAGGUAGAGCCUUGUUCGAGGCUAAGAUUCAGUUAAAGAAGCAACGCGGCGAAGAUAUUAAAGACUUGAAAUUUGGUUCUAAUUUGGUUUUUAUAUCAAGCAAUGAAACUUUCAGAUACUUGGUAACUUCACCUGGAAUGUCUGUGGUGCUUUUUUGUAACAAAGAGAAUCAUAAGCAAGUGUUGCAGCUGAUGGAGCAAGUCUGCAAGAGAUUCCCAUCUGUCAAUUUUCUUAAGGUGGAGGUAGAAGACCAUCCCUACUUAGCAAAGUCAGAGAAUGUAAUAUCUCUUCCAUCCUUCAAGAUAUACAAGAACGGAUCAAGAGUGAAAGAAAUUCCAGGAAAUAACUGCGAAUUAUUGGAAAAAUCAGUCAAAUUGUAUAGCAGUUGAAGAUUAAUUAAUUAGCAAAAAAAAAAAAUCAUAAAAUUUGUGCAUAUGGAUAUCGAAACAGAGAGAUUCACAUUUUAAAAAGAAAAAAAAAAAAAAAGAGUUUGAAGAUUACAAAAAAAAGCAGCAAUAUCUGGUCUGCAACUUUGCCAGCAUCAUACAUAAAGUAGAAAAAGGUUAAGGAAGGAAUCAUACCGGCUGCAUUGAGAUAAUUGGAGAGUUCUUUUUUAUUUCUUGAUUAUAAUUUUUUGUUUCUUGUAAUUUAUUAUGAUUUCUUAUAUAAUGCUUAAUGACUGUGUUCUUGCUGUUCUGCAUUCUUUGAAUAUCAUGGUGAUUGAUCUCA